UCUUGUCUUUAGCGUUUCGCGUUGUCGGUCGUGUUUCACGCGCAUCAGCGCACGCUCCCACCUGCCAUGCAACGCGAUUUUAAUCUGUCAGCGGCAGUCAGAUUGUCGCCGCUCUAAAAUCACACGUCGCUGCAUCAGCGCUGCACGACAUGAAUGAGUUCGGGUGAGCGAGCGAGAGAAAAAUUGCAAGUAUAUACAGCACGCCUGCAGCGGAACUUUUGAAGUUUGCGUGUCGCGUUUCGGCAAACAGGCUCUACAUGGGUAUUAAAUUGUGCUUCAAGCUUUCGGUACACCGGAAAAUAGAAAAACAAAGGAAGAUAACCUCGAAAUGACCCAUGGCGCUUUUUUCUCAACGGUUUGUAGGUUAAUUUUUGUUAUGUAAACUUCGAGAGAGAGAGAGAGAGAGAGAGAGAGAGAGAGAGAGAGAGAGAGAGAGAGGGAGAGAGCGCGAGAUAGGAAGUUUCAUGGCUUUUCGGAGAAAAAUGAACAAAGGCUUGGGAGGUAGACGCGUGAAAAUACCUCUGGUUAUCAAGACGAUGAAGAAACUCAACAAUGUGUCGGAACGGAAAAUUUUGAUGUACAUGCUAGCCAACCGAAAACACGUCAGGCAUACCAUCAAAUCUCAGCUGCCACUGAUCCUAAAGCGCUUCGAGGAGUUCGGCCUUGUCGAGAAGAGUCCGUUUGGCGGUUAUCGGAUGAUAGAGCCGACGGAUGCUCCGCGACGACCGGCUUGCUGCGAUUGCACCGACUGCACCGGAAACUGCGGUUACUGUCCGAAAACGAGAGCCAGUCGAGCUUCGCGAGCUCGGGCUGAAAGCAGGAAGCGAAAACGAGGUGGACACAUCUGCGGUUGCGCUAGGAGGCGCAAGAAAGCCAAGUAGCGCGUGUGUAACGCGCAGAGAAAGUCUCGUUGCGUGAUGAUGUCGGUGAUUUAGUUCGAACGAUGUUACGUGUCAUAAUUGUGGAUUUGAAUAAAACGGCGAUGCGCAAGCGCGGCUGACGAGGA